AGCAACACAGGUGGAGAGUAGUGUUAAAAACUCAGCCGCAGAUGCGAAAACGUGGUCUUUUACGGUUUUCCGUGAAAUUAGUUUUCUCUCCAAUAUGUAAUGGAAGUUUAUAUCGUAGAUUAUUUCUAACAUAAAGCUGUGCAAGUUACGAAUAUAAUUCAGCUGUCAAUUUAUUGUUUCUAACAUAAAAAGCUAUCGAACUGUUAUUUUUCAGCUCCAAAUAUGGGAACACCUCAAAUAAAACAAUCAAGAAUGCAACAGGGACGAAACCUCUACCUCCCAGAGGAAGGAUGUGCCAGCAAGAGAAGCACGAAGACGAUGGAACCAGGGCCGCGGACGAGGCCGAGGUAAAUCCCACCUAAGACGAGUGAAGGAAGACGUCAAGCCAGAGCAGCAUGGAGAGGAAACCACACCCAGAGGAGUCUGCCAGACUAUGUGUCCUGCUGUGGAAUUGCAGAAGCGGGAGUCCCAGAACCGUCUCCACCGCUUUGAGAUGCUUGCGGGUACAGAGAAAGACCGGCGACCCCAAGUUGACCCCAUGCGCGCAGUUAAGGAGUAUUCCAGACCGGCAGCUGGGAAAGACGCUGCUUACGCCGCUGACCUACGACCUCCUGUCGUGUUGUUGAAAACUGUGUGUUAUCUUAUUGAUGAGAUUGCUGCUUCUCAUCUGUGUCCUUGGACUGAGGUGUAUGGCUUUGUUUUUGAUCGCCUGCGCAGCGUCAAGCAGGACAUGAUCAUCCAAAGGGUGCAUGGCCCGGACUGUGUGGCCAUUUUGGAGCGGACUGUACGCUUUCUCAUCUACGCCUCCUACCGGCUUUGUGGUGAGCCUCUUCGGCUUUAUGACCCGUGCAUCAAUGACACACACCUCCAGGAAAACUUGAGCUGGCUGCUGGACUGCUAUACACACGGAACAGAGCCGCAUCCCAACCAGGAAGAGUUCCAGGCUCUCAGUAUACUCUAUAACUUAGGUUCAUCUCGCACAGUGCAGCACGUCAUGGAGCUCCCAACACAGGUUCGCCGCUCCCCCGCUGUAGCACUCGCCCUUUCCAUUAACCGGGCCUUUCUGGAGCGGAACCCUGUGCGUCUGCUGCAGUUUGCCAGCAGGCUGACCUUCCUGCAGGGCUGCGCUGUACACCGUCACCUGAUGGUGAGUCGGAAGGACCUGCUGCUGAUAUACAGCCACGGCUACAACAGCAAAAACUGUCGCUUUCCCCUGGACAGACUGUGUAAGCUGCUGUCUUUGGACAGUUCUCUCACAACAACUCUCUGUCAGACAUAUGGAGUGGAGGUCAAUCAGGAAAAUCAGGUGGUGUUUUCCAAGGCUGCUUUCUCUGAGCCAGAGCAAGGAAAACUAAGAUGUGCUCUUUAUCACAACAUUGUGGAGGAGAAACAGAAGGACCUCACUGUUGGAAACAUUGUUCAUGGCUGUUCUUGACACAAAGGAAGUAGUUAAAACAACAACAAUGUAAAUACUUCCAGCUCCAGGUUUUCUUACAUGCAUUUUUACAAGUGCCUACACUGUAAGACUGAAGUUUAGGUAUUUGUUGAGGUACGCAUGCAGCCACAAGAGCUACAGUGAUGUGAAAAAGUGUAUGCCCCCUUUCUGAUUUCUUAUUUUUGUGCAUGUUAACACUUAAAUGUUUCAGAUCUCAAACAAAUUUAAAUAUCUGUCAAUGACAACACAACUGAACACAAAAUGCAGUUUUCAAAUGAAACUUUUUAUUAUUAAGGGAGAAAAAAAAUUCAAACCUACAUGUCCCUUUGUGGAAAAAGUGAUAUCCCCUGAAACCUAAUAACCGGUUGGGCCACCCUUAGCAGCAACGACUGCAAUCAAGCGUUUGCGAUAACUUGCAAUAAGUGGAGGAAUUUUGGCCCACUCAUCUUUGCAGAAUUGUUGUAAUGAAUCGCCUUUGAUGCCACAGCAUCUCUAUAGGAUUCAGGUCAGGACUUUGACUAGGCCGCUCCAAAGUCUUCAGUUUAUUAUUCAGCCAUUCAGAGGUGGACUAGCUGGUGUGUUUUACAUCAUUGUCCUGCUAUAGAACCCAAGCUGGUUUCAGCUUGAAGUCACAAACAGAUGGGCGGGCAUUGUCCUUCAGGAUGUUUUGGUAGAGAGCAGAAUUCAUGGUUCCAUGUAUCACAGCAAGGCUUCUAGGUACCGAAGUAGCAAAACAGCCACAGACCAUCACACUACCACCACCAUAUUUUACUGUUGGUAUGAUGUUCUUUUUCUGAAAUGCGGCAUUACUUUUAUGCCAGAUGUAAUGGGACACAUACCUUGCAAAAAGUUACACUUUUUUCUUGUCAGACCACAGUAUUUUCCCAAAGGUCUUGGGGAUCAUCAAGAUGUUUUCUGGCAAAAUUAAGACGAGCCGCAAUGUUUUUUGUUCAGCAUUAGUUUUCGUCUUGGAACUCUGCCACGCAGGCUGUUUUUUCGCAGUGUCUUUCUUAUGGUGGAGUCAUGAACACUGACCUUAACUGAAGCGAGUGAGGAUUGCUGUUAUUUGCAUGUUGUUGUGGGGUCUUUUUGACCUCUUGAAUGGAUCGUCGCUCUGCUCUUGGGGUUAUUUUGGUUGUCCAGCCACUCCUAGGAAGGUUCACCAUUGUUUCGUCUUUGUCAAGUAGGUCCUAUUUAAGCGAUUUCUUAAUUGAGAGCAGGUGUGGCAAUCAGGCUUGGGUGUGGCUAGAGAAAUUGAACUCUGGUGUGAUAAACCACAGUUAAGUUACGUUUUAAUAUCACUUUUUCACACAAGUCCAUGUAGGUUUGGAUUUUUUUUCUCCCUUAAUAAUAAAAAGUUUCAUUUAAAACUGCAUUUUGUGUUCAGUUGUGUUGUCGUUGACUGAUAUUUAAAUUUGUUUGAUCUGAAACAUUCAAGUGUGACAAACAUUCAAAAAAAAUUACUCAAUGGACAAACACUUUCACACCACUGUAUUUGAUGAGGUACGUCUGCAACAACAAGAGCUAUCUGGAAAGUUCUGUCUUUUGCAACGAUGCCGUUUUGAUCUACACUCUGACGUUUGCUGUGGUGUAGGCCUGCAUUGCAUCAUACUGAGAGCUUUCUAACAUGGUAUUAAUGCCAAAUUUAUACACAUAUUUCAAUAUUAGGCCGUAAAGUUCUACAGCACUGGAAACUACAACCAUGACAAACAAUUUCUUGACUGAGCUUUAUUUUUUUUUUUUCAAGGGUCACAGAAGAAAUAUUUUACAGCACAAUUUAAUAUAAAUGCUCUUUUUGGUCUAUGUGUAGUAUGUUUUGUUGGCGUUAUCAGUCUUCUACAGUAUAUGUGGAAUGGCUGUGAAGAGUAGUAAAAGUUGCAUUGAAGUUGCAUAUGAACCUCUUUGAGACCAAAUUCAUGACGGGCUAAUGCAUAUGGGCCAGAAUACCAAAAUAAAAAUGGAAAUGAACGCACAGAAAAGGUAAAGAUUAUUAUUUCUUUAUUGUCAUAAUUGUACAUUUUACAUGCCUACAUUUGACUACAGCAAUACGAUGCUCUCAAUAUUUUUGUAGUGUAAAGUUAAUUUGUGUGUGGCCGCUUGGGGGCAGCAGAGAACUGUCAUUGCUAUCCUCGUCGUUGCCAACCAACGAGGAAAAAAUACUUGAACACAUUUUGGCAUUAACUUGCUUUUUUUCUGAAUAA